CGGCCCCUCGGUGAGCGGAGAGGGCCCCUCCGUGCGGGACCGGGUCCGUGCGACCCCCACCCUCCAGGGGGCAGGGCCUGUCUGCUCCGGCUUGGCUAAUGGUGGAGCCGCCCCAGCGCGUUGACUAGGGACCUGCCCGCCAGCUGCUGAAGCGACGCGCUGGGGGAAGCCGGCUCCGGCUGCUGGUUUUUUCCUUUAUUACGUCUAUUGAAGUCCUAAGAGUGGAAGUUGCUGCCAGAGAGAUGCAGGAGUGGAAGGGACCUUGGUAGAUCGUCCAGUCCUGCCCCCUGCACUGAGGCAGGAUCAGGUACACUUUGUCGAUGUCAAAAGUACUUCAAGGAGAAAGCCAUAACCAAGACAUUUCGCAUAUGAAUCUUGAUAAUGACAGCUCAAGAAAAAUAAAUUGGGGAUUGUUGGUCACUGGCAUUGUUGGUGGGACAUUGGUGGUACUGUAUGCUGUUGCCACUCCAUUCAUAACUCCAGCACUGAGAAAAAUUUGCCUUCCUUUUGUACCUGCAACUUCAACUCAGAUUGAAAAUGUUUUGAAAAUGUUACAGUACAGAAGUGGAUCUCUGGUUGACAUAGGUAGCGGCGAUGGACGUAUUGUGAUAGCAGCUGCAAAAGAAGGAUUCAAAGCUGUUGGUUAUGAAUUAAAUCCCUGGCUAGUCUGGUACUCCAGAUAUCGUGCUUGGAGAGAAGGGAUGCAUCAUAAUGCCAAAUUUUAUAUUUCAGAUUUGUGGAAGAUGCCACAGUUGGAGAAGAAGCUUGAAGAAGAACUUGAUCACAAUGCCAGAGUUGUUGCCUGCCGUUUUCCUUUCCCACAUUGGAUGCCAGAUCAUACUACUGGAGAAGGAAUAGACGUGGUGUGGGCCUAUGAUUCAAAGGCUUUCAAAGGAAAUGAAAAGACACGCUCAGAAACUGUGCAAAAGAUGCAUCCUUUGUAAGAUUUCAGGUUAAAAAAUGUUGUUGGCGCUAACUUUAAAUGGUGACCAUCUGAUUUGGUUCUUAGUAUACUUAAAGUGGUGGGAGGAUAACAAUAAGUAACACUGAAUGUUUCUCAAACCCAUUUCAUUGUCAGAAUGUCUUGUGGUGUUAAGCAAAACUGCACUGUAGUCUUAUUUUAUAUGACAGCAAAGCGAAGGCCAGUAAAAUGUAGACAAGGUAUACCAUGGAAAAAUGCAAAAAAGAUUUGUAUGCAUUGAUUACAAGAAGAAAUUAAAGAAAUUUUGUUAGCAUUUUUUAAAAAAAUACUAUCUUUUACAUGAAAAGUGGUAGGAUGCAGAAAGGGUUCAGUAGUGUUAAGGACACACA